AUGAACUCGUCUUUUGAGCAUUGCAACAUAUCUGACUGGCUGAGGCUAGAGGCAACCGUGAAGGCCUCUGUAUACGUGGUGGCUUUCUCAAUCGCCACAUCUCUCACCAUUGUCAUUAUCGCAAUAGUGUCACAGAGUCUGCAGCUGAGGAAAGAGGUGCGGCUGGUCCUCCUCUGCCAUCAUCUGCUUUGUAUCUCCUCCUACUGUGGCCUGGGGGUCAUCUUCCAAGGAAUGCGGGCCUUGCUGGCCAACAGCCCCCUCCUGCUGUGUUGGCUGGUAUUUGGGGCGCAGCUAAGUGUGGGAGAAGGGAUUCUCCUUACUCUGACCUUGAUGGCUCUCAAUACUUACCUCGCUAUUUGUUAUCCACUGAACUUGCCAUCCUUUGUGGAUUCUGCUAAGUACAGGAUUCUAGCUGGGACUUGGACCACGGUUAUACUCAAGAAUGUUGGCUUAUUCCUCAUAGAGGAUACUAGCCCUACUCCGGCCUCUGUUUUCCAGUCUGCCCCGCUCUGUCCUGUGAUUUUGAAUGGUAUGCCUGCCAGAGUCAUUGGCAUGCUUUCCCUUGCCUUUCUUUUAUCCGUCAUUCUUGUGAGUUACUGCCUGAUAUACCGGGAAGGGAAGCGGGCUGGCCAUUUUAACAAGUCAAACAUCAAGGCCCGGAGAACUGUCCUUGUUCAUCUACUGCAGAUAAGCUUACAUGUGAUACCUACCCUGAUAAUCAUAGGUUUGGGGAAGCGGUGUGGGGUGUUUUUCUUUGCUCUAAAUCUGGCCCUUUUUGCUAUCUUCGCUUUUGCGCAGUGUUUCAACCCUUUGGUCUAUGGGCUCCGCAACAGAGAUCUGCAGAGUAAACUGUACCCUUGGCUGUGCUGUCGGAAGAAGCUGCCGCCUUAA